AUGUUUACGACAGCGAUUAGUGUGUCGGAACAGUGGAAACGACUACAAGCUAGAACACAGCAACGAAACGAAACCGUUUAUGCGUAUUUCCACGACAAAAUGCGUAUGUGUCGACAGCUGAAAUUGAGCAAGUCGGAGAGCAAGAAACUGAUGUGUAUGGGAUUACACUCUAAGGAUAUGUGCAACGUCCUUAUGAGUAGAACUCACAAUGAAGAAUAUGAGGUAUUGCAAGACCUACGAGAGUGUGACGAAGUGUUUCAAAGCCGAAACGAACGUUUCAAAUCGACAUCAAAUAGUAAGUCCACACUUAGUAAAGAGGAAAAUUUUAAAAAUAAAACUAACCCCAUGAAAAGUCCGUCGACGCAAACACAACCAAUAAAACCAGUUAUGCCGGCAGCUUUCAAACGAGAAAACCCCGAGGUGAAAUGUUAUAAUUGUCAGUUGUUAGGUCAUAUCGCGCGAGAUUGUCCACAACCGCGGCGACCGUUAAAAUGUAGUAAAUGCAAAGCGGAAGGACACACAGCCAAAUACUGUACUACUCGAUCGCCGGAUAUAGCAUUGGUAGAGCAGAACCAGACUGACAAUCGGACAGUGUAUAUUAAGGAUGUAUAUCUGAAUAAUAGUACGGAUGCGAUCAAGGGAUUGGUGGACACCGGUAGUACCCUCACCAUAAUCAGACGAAGUCUAGCGGAGCGAUAUGGUAUGGAUAUCACACCCCGAAAAAUACAACUAAGAGUGUACGGUAACAUACCAUGUGUAAUCGGUAGCGGUGACACCGAAGCUGAGGUAAGAAUUGACACUGUGUCAGAAAAAUUAAAAUUGUUAGUGGUAGAGGAUCACAUGCAGAACUUUGACAUUAUCAUCGGGCGAACGUUCAUUAACUGUGCAAAUGUAUCGUUUAUCAAAACUGCGGAUCAACUCAUAUUUGCUUACGAUAUGCCAUUGCCCUUCACCAACGAACCGGACGAAGCGCUCAGCGAACAGAGACCUUUUACUCCAGUAACGGUACACGAGUUACACGAGAUACCAGCAGCAAGUGUGAAAAUGGUAGAGGUGAAUGUGAACUCAACUAUUGUAGAAGUGUUGAUGGUGAAUCAUGGUGAUGAACCAGUUCAGUUGAAAAAGGGGACACAAGUCAAACGCCUACACAUGGCAGUGCAGCAAUCGGGACCAAGUCAGCCAUACGAAGAACCAAUAACCAGGGAAAAGGUCAAGUACAACCCACAUUUCACUGAACAUGAAGUAACACAAUUAAUUAAUUUGUUAACCGAGUAUAGAAAAUGUUUUGCGUUCAAUAUGUUUGAAGUAGGGUGCACAAAAGCAAUUACCAUGGAUAUUGUUGAUAACAACGUACCUGUCAACAGUAAACCUUACCGUGCCAGCGCUCAGGAAAGGGACACCAUUGAUCGAAUUGUGCGAGAGUGGAAGGCAGCAGGGAUAGUCAGAGAAAGCGAAUCACCGUAUGCGUCUCCAGUAUUACUCGUAACAAAGAAAAGUGGUGAACCUCGUUUAGUCGUGGACUAUAGGAAACUAAACUCCCAAACAGUGAGGAAAGUCUAUCCGACGCCAAACAUGGAUGACCAUUUGGAAGUUUUAACAGGGGCUAAAAUGUUCUGCACUCUUGACCUAGCAUCAGGUUACCUACAAGUACCAUUGACCGAGGAAGCCAAAGCUAAAACAAGUUUCAUAACACCAACCGAAAAGGGUGAGUUUGAAAGAAUGGUUUUCGGGUUAAUUAACGCCCCAUACGAAUUUUCACGUUAA